AUGUUGGGCAAACAAAGUUUGAUGAUGGAAGAUGAAGUGCAUAAGACACUGAAAUUGCCUCCAAGGAUAUAUAAGUUUGGGACUGAACCAGACAAAGUGGAUAAGUACACUGUGAAAGGUUUGAUGCAGCUGCUGGAAAACAAUGCGAACAGAAUGUCUGCUGAGGAGAAACUUUCUCGUGGAGCUGCUAUAUUGACUCAUGGGAUUAUAAUCGCCAAGAAUCCAACGAUAAAGGUGCCGCGAGAGAGUCUGCAAUUGUUUUCGAAUUUAGAUAGUUACUCUGUGAGACCUUGGGGGAAGAUGGGAUACGAUGUCCUAUCUGCUAGUAUACAGAGGAUGAAAGCAAAAACAUUUGCAAAACCUAUGUAUGAAGUGCAAGGAUUCGUAUGGGCAAUCACGUUGUGGGCUUUGUCGGCUGUGCCUGCGCUAGGUACUACAUUUGGGAGUCGAUUUGAUUCAAGCUCGUCUGCAGGCCCGUUGUGUUUACAGUGGAAAGCCACUCAGACUCCUAAUAUUUCAGAAGUUUUGGAUGUGCACAAUCAACGGGAUGUUAUAGUCAAUAUUGUUAUUGGGGAUCCAGAGGAAUAUAAGAAUCUGGUUCCACCGACAAAUCCCAUUGACAAAGACUUUGCAACGGUGGUGCAACUUGUAAUGCAAGGCUAUAGGUUAAGCAGAUCCGAGUGGAUAGAGGGAAAAGUAGAUGGUGUUUUAGCAUCUGAACAAAUACGGACAAAACAUAACAGACGAGUAGAGCCUAGUAGAACAACACGUGAGGCUCCUCUCGUGACUGACAGUGACAAAAUUGACAAGAUGAUGGAGAUGCUUAAAGCCUUGAUUGGCAAAGUGGAGACCAUAGAGGCUUUUGUGGGGAUUAAGGCAGCAGAGAAAAAAGAUCCUGUAGAUGGUGAGGAUAACAAUGAUCCAAAAGAUCCUGAAGAUGGUGAGGAUAACAAUGAUGGAAAAGAUCCUGAAGAUGGUCAGGAUAACAAUGCUGCAAAAGAUCCUGCAGAUGAUGUUAUUGAUAUUAGCGAUAGAGAAGGUAAUGUUGAAGAUCAUGGUGAGGAUAAGGAUGAUACAAAUGGUAAUGAUGGAGAUCGUACUGGUAAUGUUGAUGCGCAUAUUGAUAUUAGCGAUAUUGAUGAAAAUCAUGGUGGCGACGAAAAUCUCAAAGAUGAUGAAGGUGAUGAAAGUCACGAUUCCAACCGCCAUGGAUUUACUUUGCGACCACCGCUGACAGAUGAAGAUGUUACCGUUCAGUUGGAAAAAGGUGGAGCUCAUCCAAUAUUCCACCCAUUCCAGCCAUAUCUUCUAUCAAGGAAAUCAAGAUUGGAUGAAUGGAAGAAUGCAACUAAUCAGAGGAUCUUGAAAGAUUUUCUUAGACAUGAAGUAAAUGGUGAUUGGUUUUUAAACCUCCAGACACCAGGGACUGUAAUGACCAGACAGCAUAUGGAUUCUGCUAUGCAUUUGCUUCGAACAAGGAGAAAAAAUAGUCCCAAGAUUUUUGCAAACAGUAGAGUUGCCAUCUAUGGAGAAUAUUUCCUUUUGACACUCAAACAAUGCUGGGAAAGAUGGCGGUUGAGUCAGAAGUGGUACAACUACGACAACAAAAGCGUUGAAGGCUACAUCAAUGGUACAUUUCCGGCUAUUGGCAAUACAGGGAAGAAAAUGAUCAAAGACAUAGACUAUGUCUAUGCGCCAAAAUGUUGGCAUGACAAACAGUGGGUUGCCGUAAUAUUUGACUUGAAAAAAGGGUCGGUAAGCAUAUGGGACAGCGAUAGAUACCCGGACAGAUUAUCAGAUUAUAAGACGUCGACAAUCCCAUAUGCACAAAUAAUGCAUGUGCUUUUGAAAAUGUUUGUAAAGGGUGCGAGAUAUUCCAAAGAAUUCACUAUUAAAAAGCAACCAAGAAUACCCAAGGACACAGGUUUAUAUACUUUCAAGUUCAUAGAGUGCCGUGCGAGUAUGAUGACAGACCUGUCUAGUCUCUGCCUUGCAAAUAUUGAACAACUGAGAAUUAAGCUGGCGGUUGACUUAUUUUGUGAGGUAUUUGAUGGACCUUCUUCAGAUAACCAACUCAACGAUGCAGAUGCAGAUGAGUUACCGCUUGAGUCGCCUAGUGAGAGCAAUAAGUCAAAGAGAAAACUGAAAGGGGAUGAUCGUAGAAGCUCUAUGAGAAACAAAAAGGCUAGAAUUUAUAAAUUAGCUUAUGAAGAUUUAUAA